GGUAGGGAUACGGUGCCUAGAACAUCAGGGUAUAUAAAAUCGAACACCGGGCAAACUCGAUAGACCAGAAGCAGUCAGUGACAAGUGCAAGUGCAGGGUGAUAUUUACCGAUUAACUGGAAUCAGAUUGCGAUUGUCAAGAUGAACGGCUGGACAAUUGUUGCGGUAGCAUGCAUCUGCUGGAUCGGGGGAGCUUUGGCACAGACCCCAGCGGAGAGGGAGUUGGAGGGAUCCUUUGGCGGUGAAGUUUCACAGUUGAAUAACGCCGGGGAUGUCCACACGAGGAGUAAACGAACUUUGCUGCUCAAAAAGAAGAUCCUCGGGGCCGGACUGCUGGGGCUGGGGCUCGGUGUUGCCAAAGGUUACAAACUGGGUUACCACCACUCUCCGGAAGUUCACCACGUCUAUUUGUCACCUCCUCCACCACCAACGAGAUACGUGGAGUACGUGGAGAAGCCAGUGUACAUCGAGAGAAUAGUCGAGAAACCGGUCUACCAGUCUCCACCAAUUGAUUACGAUCACCAGCCAUGGGGACCACCAGAGCCAUCGUCCACUUAUGGGGCCUGGUGAAGCUGUUGUUAAUGACCUUAUGUCAUCCACUGUUUGUUAUUUCAUGUCAAGCUGUUGAUUUUCACAAAAUAAAAUAUCUUUUU